AUGCAUGAGAAGCUUUACUCUGACGAUGCAUUGAAUGCCAACCUGUCCGCACUCUCCGUUGAUGCGCAAAAGCGAGCCCAAAAGGACGCAGCCAAGAAAGAGGCCAAAGCAGCUCUAAACGAGCAACGUGAAAGCGAGCGCAAAGCAGCCGCUAAAGUUCUCAUCAAGCGCGUGGAAAGAAAUAAACGUAAAUACGUGACGGUUGUCUCGGGGCUUGAGGAGCAUGGAUUGGAUUUAAAGAAGAUUGCGAAGGAGCUAGGGAAGAAGUUUGCUACGGGAAGUAGUGUCACGAAGACAGCUAGUGGUGGAGAGGAGAUCACGGUGCAAGGAGACGUAAGUGAUGAUGUGUACGACUGGCUGACGGAAAGAUAUGAGGAUAUUCCCGAGGAUAAUAUUGAUUGCAUCGAGGACAAGAAGAAGAAGGGGGCAGGCUAA